AUGACGGAGCAAAUAGACUCCACGCCAACAUCUCCGACCCCAUCCGUAGAAGGCAAAGUGGGGAGCAAAGUCAUAUCCAUUCUAUGCGAUAGCAUUCGUUGUGACACUGAAGAUGCCAUUCACAACGCGGCGCUAAGCAUAAUGCUAGACUACCACACUCGUAAGGACUCGUGGAAGCCCAGGUCAAAUUCAUCCUCCUGUGAUGUAAGCAUCACGGAGACCAAGAUUAGCAAGCACACGGUUGUUAAUAUUAUUGAGCAAGGGCCAGCCAGCUCUGUCACAAUAAUCUCUUCAAAUAGAACUGCAGAUCAAGAGGAUCCAUCAGUGAAUGAAUCCACUCCCCUAAACCCCGAUAAUUCACAGUUAACAGCGGAUUAUGAGCCAGAUUUCAUAGCAGAUACGCAGAGCACCAGAAGGCCCAUCUCCGCAAAUACCCUACGAAGUCCACAUAGUGAGAAACCAGAGAUAGUAAGAGCCGCAGCAAUACCCCGUAAGCACUCUGCUCUAACCAAUCACGCAGAUAUGCCCCCCAAGAGUUUUAAGCUGUCAUCAGCCUCGACUGCGAUCCCUCUUUCUAGACCAGAAAAAAAGGGUACAUCGAACCAGGACAUGACUAUUCCUUGUCAAACAGGUGCUCUCCACGGUCCGCCAGGAUCUCGUAAUGUACAACGUGUAGGAAAUCCAUCGCAGAAAAGAAAAAAUAUCACUACAGAGGUAAUUCUUUUGCCUUCUACACGAGGGUCUUCAGAGCCUCUUCGUCAAAAGACUCAGCAAGCAGAGCCUGUUACACGCUUCCCACCUCGAAGUCAGAGUCCAGCUGUCUCUGACUCGAUAGAUAAAUCCGCUCCACUUGCGCCCAAGGAUCUGCAUAUCCAAAAUACUUAUGAUGCUCCUCGUCAGCAAGAGCAACAGCGGCAAGAACGACAGCUCAGAACUUCCCUUGGAAAGCAAGACAAGCCCAAAGCAGAUGAAUUAGAGACUAGUCCCUGCGAUACGCCGACCUAUAGUAAUCCAAUGUCUUUUCGAAAAGAGGUACCUCAGCGUCAAGCAACUGCUCCACAACCGAGUACUGAGCAGAAGAAGCAGGAAGAGCCACAGCCCCAGAGUGACGUUAACCCACAAGUUAUAUGUCUUCCAACAAUCCACAGAUAUAACUCCCCCCAGCUCCUUUCUUCGUCGCGUAAGCCUUCGCGGAAAUCACAGGAUUUAGAAGGUUCGUCUAUCUCUAGUACAAGCUCGUGCCAACCGGCUAAUCAAUCUUCUCCUAGAUUGCCACAACCAAAUGACCCCUCUUUGAAAGAGCAUGUUGCAAAGCCUGUUGAGCAGAAAAAGGGCACAGAUAUUGACGACGUUGAUCCGGGAGAAAUCUGGCCCCGCUAUGAUGCGGGUUAUGCAGACUAUUUGAGGUACAUGGGAAAGGGCAUGGGUCCCUGGGACGGAAAUUUGGAUACAACAUGGGAUCUCUCUACAAUAAAUUACACCGUCUACGACGACGAACCAGGGCAGCUACCAAUCAAUACCGCAAAUCCCAAAUAUGUCUCUACGAAGUUACCAAUCAAUCCACAAGGUUACGUCAUUCCACCAGGUCCGCCACCUGCGCAGGACUAUGAAUAUGAAGAAGGUGAGUGCUUGCCCAAUGGGGCACUCGCUGAUGGAUAUGCUGUCCACUAUUUCAAGCAUAGCCAUUACAUGGGUGCAGGGCAAGCCAGUAAUAACUAUAGAGCUAUUACUAGUGAUGGCGUAACAUACGACUACAAUAGGCCGCAGCAGCCGUACCUUAAUGGAAUUAUGUAUAGGCAGCAGUACGGGAACUACGUGGCUAAUAACCCCUACUCACAGAGUGCUAUUAAUUGUGGACGCAAUUAUUAUUACCAGCAACGCCUCCACGAGCAACAGAUCCAUGACGCGGCUAUUCAGGAGCAACAAAAUAGAUACCUCUACUCACUUCAUCAAUAUGCCCAGUCAACAGAAGCGAUCAUGCCACCUUCAUACCGCCAGCGGUAUCAAGGGGGUCAUCCAGAUGAGUAG